AGCGAGUCCGAUUAAGCGAUCGGGGGAAGAUGGAGUUAUACUUAACAUUUCUCGGCAGCUGACUCGACAUGUAAUUUCUGGACGCUUGAGCCGGCAUUCAGUGUCUCGGCGAGCUCAAAAGCAGACGAAAACGGUCUAAAACCAGUGUUCAAAGUCCAUUGCUCAGUCAACAGGUCUCGGCUGAUUAACCGACCGGUCCCUCCCACCACUGUGCACAAUUUUAAGGUUAACCAUGGGCGACCGGAAGACCGUGCCGAAUGGAAUCAAAUUCCUCAUCGGCGGGACCUCAGGAAUGGCGGCCACUUGCUUCGUCCAGCCUCUCGAUCUGAUAAAGAAUCGAAUGCAGCUGAGUGGGACAAAGACUUCCACCAUGACCGUCAUCUCGUCCAUCUUGAAGAACGAAGGAGUCCUAGCGAUUUAUUCAGGCCUAUCAGCUGGUCUCCUACGUCAAGCUACCUAUACAACCACCCGAUUGGGGAUCUACACGUGGCUUUUCGAGAUCGCCUCGAAGGAUAGCCAGCCAAAUUUUAUAACGAAAGCUGCCCUGGGCAUGGUGGCAGGAUGUGUCGGAGCUUUUGUGGGUACCCCUGCAGAGGUGGCACUGAUAAGGAUGACAGCAGACGGAAGGCUGCCCAUCGCGGAGAGACGGAAUUACAAGAAUGUCGUCGACGCCCUGCUGCGAAUAACGAGGGAAGAAGGAGUCUUCACUUUGUGGAGAGGAGCCAUUCCGACAAUGGGGAGGGCUAUGGUGGUCAACGCUGCCCAACUUGCUUCGUACUCCCAAGCUAAGCAGGCUCUCCUAGACACCGGUUACUUCGAGGAGAACAUAACUCUCCACUUCUCCAGCUCCAUGAUUUCUGGACUUGUCACCACCGCGGCGUCGAUGCCAGUGGACAUCGCGAAAACUAGAAUACAGAACAUGAAGACAAUAGACGGCAAGCCAGAAUUCAAGGGCGCGAUAGACGUCUUGACGAAAGUCGUCAGGUACGAGGGACUCUUUGCGCUGUGGAAAGGGUUCUUCCCGUACUAUGCUCGUCUGGGGCCUCAUACGGUGCUGACUUUCAUCUUCCUCGAGCAAAUGACGGCGUCUUACAAGGUCCACUUCGGAUAGUCGAGCAUUAUCGAGACCGAUCAAAUUCGGAUCCCUCAACGAUCGUCCCGUACAAACUUGUCCGGUUGACCUGCAAUGAUUUGGUGUAUCCUUUAUUUUUUUUUUCCUUUCCUUUUAGACCGAUCCACUUGUUCUUUUUUGUAAAUAAUUAGGUUGCAUAAUGUCGUGUAGCUCGGAAACCGCGGAAAGGGAGUUGGAAGGACCUCUUCCAAGAUUUAGAUGCGAUCUUAGGACGGCUUAGGUGACGGUUUCGAGUAGCUUUUCCAAAAUACUAGGCUUCCUUGGGUACAUUUUCAUACCGUACUACCUCGGGAGGAGACAUCCGUUACGCACAAUAACAAUCGCGUUAUUCAUCUCGUUUUUGGUUGGUACAACGCGAGGAAUUAAUUCAGAGGAAUUAAUUAAUUAGUCAGGGCGAGCGGGUUUAUAGGUAUUUAUUAUUUGUUAUUACAUGAAUAUUUGGAGGUAAAAAUUUAUGGGUUUCUUCGGUUGGUGGACCUUGCUAGUCGUGAAGUGAGGAAUGUCUAAAGUGGUUUCUCAUCGGUUCGGUGCAUGAUUUUACGCCUUUUUAAUGCGGAGAUUCAAAUUUUCUAUGAGAAAGCACGAGCACGAUCUUUCUCUUUUUUUUUUUUUUUUUAGCGACCCGCCCUCUCCUCCUUUUGAUACGUUAUUUUACAGGAACGAUACAUUCUCUUGAAGCAUUCUUUGCAGAUCGGCGCUUCGUCUGGCACGACGCCGAUCCUAUUCGUGUUAUUAUUUAAGGAAAUCUAUUCUUUGUUAUGGAGUAACGUUUGUACGACGGUUUAAUAAUAACGUGGUGAAUGUGCGUUUUAAGCUGUCCACUUUGAUUACGUCGUUCGAUUAAAUCGACCAUGUAAAAUGAA